GUUGGUAUGGUAUCGUAGAAAAAUCUCUGCUUUUCUACUCUACGCGGUUCCAAAGAACGAGAAUCCCCAAAUAUCCUCGAGGCAGAAAAGAAAGGAAAACCUCAAAUUUCCAAAACGAUUUGUUCUUUAAACUUUUUUUGCGGUUUUCGAGUUCUGGGUCCUGAAUCCUCGUCAUCAUCUUCUCUGCAACUUAGCCGAUUAGCUUUCUUAUACACACACACACACACAUAUAUAUAUAUAUAUAGUUCUCUGUCUCUCUCAGGGGCUUUUUUAUAGCUAUUGCAGGUUCCAAAAAUCUUGGUGGGUUUUGGCUUCUCAAUUCUCUGGAAUUCGCUGGUGCUUCUUUUUUCAAUUUGAAGCUGGAAAAAAUCUUGAGUGAUGUAUAUUUUGUGAUUGGAAGACAAAAGGGUUUUACUUUCAUUAAAUUUUGGAGGAGAAUUAAGGGCUUUGAAUUGGGUUUUUAGGGAUUUUGAGCUGGCUAGAUUGGAACAGCUGACAUCUUUGACUGGAUUUUAUUCGAGGAUAAAAGGUUUUUUUGUUUUUCUUUUUUCUUUUAUUGAUCUGGGUUUUCAGAACUUUGGGGUUAAAGGUUGCUUGAUUGGGCUUGCUCCCUAUUUCAAGAGCUCAAUAAAGAUGUUAACUGUGAUUUGAUUCAGAUACAACCAAGGUUAGAUGUUAUUUUUAAGGUUCUGAUCUUGAUUGAAAUUUGUAGACUUGGGAAGUUGAGAGUCAUGAAUUAGGGCCUUUCGGCAAGUUAGAGAUUCUAGUUGAUAAGGGAUAACAAUCUUUGGUUGCAUACGCCUGAAGGGUGUUUGAAGCUUUGUUCCUUCAAUUGAGAUUGAUGUUUGCGGGGAGGAUGUUGGUUUGUAACGUGUGAGAGUUUGAUUUAUGAGGAAAUUGUUGGAGUUGGUUGAUGUUUGACUGCUGGGAACUGAAUUUCGGGGUUUGUGAUUUACAUAUACUGGAAUUUUUGGGAUGGAUGACGCUCAAGGCAGCUCAAGUUCGCUUCCUCCAUUCCUUACAAAGACAUUUGAGAUGGUGGAUGAUCCUUCCACAGAUUCUGUUGUGUCCUGGAGUGCAAGUGAUAAAAGUUUCAUUGUAUGGAAUCCCCCAGAGUUUGCGAGGGAUUUACUUCCGAGAUUCUUCAAGCACAAUAAUUUUUCUAGCUUUAUUAGACAGCUUAAUACAUAUGGUUUCAGGAAAGUUGAUCCAGAACAGUGGGAAUUUGCAAAUGAGGAUUUUAUAAGAGGUCAGCCUCAUCUUUUGAAAAACAUACACAGACGCAAGCCAGUUCACAGUCAUUCCAUGCAGAAUCUCCUAGGUCAAGGAGCUUCCCCAUUAACAGAAUCAGAGAGACAGAAUUUAACGGAUGAGAUUGAGGGACUUAAGAGUGAAAAAGAGUCACUUGUUUUAGAGUUAAAGAGGCAUGAACAGGAGCGGCAAGGAUUUGAGAUGCAAAUGCGGCUUUUGAGGGAGCGUUUGCAACACAUGGAACAGCGACAGCAGAUCAUGGUGUCUUCUGUGGCUCAAGUCUUGCAGAAACCAGGAUUUGCCAUAAAUCUGACACCACAAUUGGAGGCUAAUGACAGAAAGAGAAGGUUGCCGAGAAUUGCUUACUUAUAUGAUGAAGCUGGGAUUGAAGACAAUCAGAAAGGCAGUUCCCAAAUUGCUAGAGAAAAUGCUGAUAGCACAUCAUUGUCCAACAUGGAGCCAUUUGAACAAUUAGAGUCAUCCAUGGUAUUUUGGGAGAAUGUGGUACACGAUUUUGGUCAAACUAACAUUCAACUUAAUUCAAAUCUAGAAUUGGAUGAAUCAACAAGUUGUGCAGAAAGCCCAGCGAUAUCCGGCAUGCAACUUAGUGUUGAUGCUCAGCAUAAAUCCCCUGGGAUUGACAUGAAUUCUGAGCCUGCUACUGUUGUUGCUUCUGAACCUGUUACGGCAAAGGAACAAGCUGCGGGUAGCACUGCACCUGCAGCAGCACCAGCUGGGGCUAAUGAUGUAUUCUGGGAACAAUUUUUGACUGAAAAUCCAGGUUCAACUGAUAUGCAGGAAGUUCAGUCAGAAAGAAAAGAUUCUGAUGCCAGAAAGAGUGACAGCAAAACUGGUGAUCAUGGCAGAUUUUGUUGGAAUAUGAAGAAUGUAAAUAACCUUACAGAAAAAAUGGGGCAUCUUACUCCUGCGGAGAGAACUUGAUAUUGGUUGAUUAUUUUUUACGGCCCCUCGAUACUUCAGAUGUAAUAAAUUUAGGUAUGAUUGGUUUGAUGUGGAAAUAAGUAGAUAAUUUAUGUUUGAGUUCAUCUUCUUCUGCAUGUCAUGAUCUAAUGUUCACAUUUUCCUUGUUCA